AGGAGCGGGAGCUGAGGGGAGCGAGAGGCCGGUCCGGGUCUGGCCGCUGCCGCUGCUCGCCCGAGGUCUGCGAGCCAGGCUGCGGUUCUGUCCUCGGCUCUUGGGCACCGUCUGCGAGGCUCCGCCGGCCAGUGUGAGAGAGCCGCGGGCGGCGGCUGCCGCAUCAUGUCAUCCAAGGACGAGAGGGCCAGGGAGAUCCUGAGGGGCUUCAAACUAAAUUGGAUGAACCUUCGGGAUGCUGAGACAGGGAAGAUACUCUGGCAAGGAACAGAAGACCUUUCUGUCCCUGGUGUGGAGCAUGAAGCCCGUGUUCCCAAGAAAAUCCUGAAGUGCAAAGCAGUGUCUCGAGAAUUGAACUUUUCUUCAGCAGAGCAAAUGGAAAAAUUCCGCCUGGAGCAAAAAGUUUACUUCAAAGGGCAAUGCCUAGAAGAAUGGUUCUUCGAGUUUGGCUUUGUGAUCCCUAACUCCACAAAUACCUGGCAGUCCUUGAUAGAGGCAGCACCCGAAUCCCAGAUGAUGCCAGCAAGCGUCCUAACUGGGAACGUUAUCAUAGAAACAAAGUUUUUUGAUGAUGAUCUUCUUGUAAGCACAUCUAGAGUGAGACUUUUCUACGUUUGAGAAAAGAAUGUGUGUGCAUUUCAAGAAUUUGGGUUUUGGGGGGAAGGAGGAAACUGUUUACUUCUUUCCUCCACAUGUUUGAUUUUGACACUUCCAACCCUAAUUCCUCCUAUGGCAGAACCCACCUGUGGCCACCAGGGGACCAGCUCUGUGUAGGUAACCAGAUGGCUUUUUUCCCCAAGCAGCCAUCUUCCACUGACCAGACUAAACUCCUAACCCCAGACCAGGGCAGGGGACGUGCCUCAACUCCUUCCUGGUGUAAACACAGGAGAACAAACAUACCACGAGCCGAUACUGUACCUGUCACCCUCCCUGGCUCCUCCUUGGACCCUGCAGGGUACACAUCUUCUUUGGCCCCUGGUUUUGGAAAAACUCACAUUCCUGACCCAUGUUUAGUUUUUUCCUACCAUUUCUAUUUCAUAUACUCUCAUACAUUUAACUUGUAAAAUAGACUGUGAUAUUAUUAUUACAUAAUGUAAUUAAAACAUACGAAUUAAAAUAUUCCUACAGUCUUUAGCAU